AUGCGAGAAAUUGUGCACAUCCAGGCUGGCCAAUGCGGAAAUCAGAUUGGCGCAAAGUUUUGGGAAGUGAUUUCCGAGGAGCAUGGAGUAGAUCCAACUGGAUCUUACAGCGGGGACUCGCAAACACAACUCGACAAAAUUGACGUUUACUACAACGACGCCACAGGAGGGAAAUAUGUCCCUAGAGCGAUUCUCGUCGACUUGGAGCCUGGCACUAUGGAUUCUGUGCGGUCUGGAGUGUAUGGACAGCUUUUCCGACCUGACAAUUUCGUUUUCGGUCAAAGCGGCGCGGGAAACAACUGGGCCAAGGGUCAUUACACAGAGGGAGCCGAGCUAGUGGAUUCAGUUUUGGACGUGGUCCGUAAGGAGACUGAAAGCUGCGACUGCCUUCAGGGCUUUCAGCUGACUCACUCACUAGGAGGGGGAACUGGGUCGGGCAUGGGUACAUUGCUCAUAUCUAAGAUCCGCGAGGAGUACCCGGACAGGAUCAUGAACUCGUUCAGCGUUGUACCCUCUCCAAAGGUUUCGGACACAGUCGUGGAGCCUUAUAACGCUACACUGUCAGUGCAUCAACUCGUUGAAAACACCGAUGAAACUUACUGUAUCGAUAACGAGGCCCUGUAUGACAUCUGCUUUCGAACCCUCCGACUUGCCAAUCCUACAUACGGGGAUUUGAACCAUCUGGUGUCAGCAACAAUGAGCGGUGUAACAACGUGUCUGCGGUUUCCUGGACAGUUGAAUGCUGACCUGAGGAAGCUGGCGGUCAACAUGGUCCCAUUCCCCCGCCUUCAUUUCUUCAUGCCAGGAUUUGCACCGCUGACCAGUCGCGGUUCACAGCAGUACCGUGCCCUUACUGUACCGGAACUGACCCAGCAGAUGUUUGAUAGCAAGAACAUGAUGGCUGCUUGUGAUCCCAGGCAUGGCCGUUAUCUCACCGUAGCAGCAGUGUUCCGAGGCAAGAUGUCCAUGAAGGAAGUGGAUGAACAAAUGUUGAACGUCCAGAACAAGAACAGUUCAUACUUUGUUGAGUGGAUUCCGAACAACGUCAAGACUGCUGUUUGUGAUGUUCCUCCUCGCGGGCUCAAGAUGUCCUCCACGUUCAUUGGCAACAGUACUGCGAUCCAGGACCUGUUUAAAAGAAUCGGAGAACAGUUCACUGCUAUGUUCAGGCGCAAAGCUUUCUUGCAUUGGUACACAGGGGAAGGGAUGGACGAGAUGGAAUUUACUGAGGCCGAGUCCAACAUGAAUGACCUAGUGUCUGAGUACCAGCAGUACCAGGACGCCACGGCCGAAGAGGAAGGAGAAUACGACGAGGACGAAGGCGACGACGAAGAGGAAGCCGAGUAAAUAUCGACUCCACAUCGAUUUGAGUAACGCUGACAUGCAAAAACUUCUUUAAGAUUUAAGCGGAAGAAAUCUCUUUAUAGCGCUUGCGAGUUCUGUUUGCUCGCACUCUAGCCUGUUUGUACUCUGGCCUACAUGUAGUCGUAACCUCCCCUCCAAGAAGAACGUUUCUCCUUAGGGGGGGGGGUGCGGCUACACGUAGGCUAGUGGUAUUCUUGAUCUCACUUUUUUGACCCUUUAACUC